GCCUAUCGGAACUUGUUACAUAUCAAAAUUUUAAAAUUUUAGGUUUCCAAAAUUUGUAAAUUUUAUACCCCGAUUAGCUAGAUUUUUAUUCCCAAAGAUGCGGAUGCUUUGCGACAGACUCUCCGCCCUGACGGCUGGUACCAUGGUCGGCGUUUGGUACGCCCAGAACUUCCCCUGUGAAAAUCCCCCGGAUGGAGGCGACAAAGAUAAGGCCAAGGACAAGGCCAAAAGCGCGGAUAAGGGAAAAGAGAAGGAAAAGGGGAAGGAUGGUGGCCAGAACAAGGGCAAGGAGAAAGGCAAGGAAUAGGGAUAAGAAAAUAGCUAAAAAGGGUGGAAAAAAUCACACCAUUUAGACGAUACAAUGCGAUACACACGAUCAAAACUCAAACGUCGACGAUGCAAUUGGCUCGAAAAGGAAGGGUGCGAAGUAAAUGGCCGCUGAUAACGCUUCCGAAAGAGCUAUGUUUAUAUAGUUUUAUUAUCACAUGCUCUGAAGCAGAUGUUAACGAUUUUGCAUUUAAAUAAAUAUACGAAAAUGCGUAUUGU